GUGCCUGUCAGACGACUUUCUGUCUUUGAGUGAAGUGUACCUGCAAACCUUACUUUCAUCCACUAUGUCCAGGAUUCGUAAAAACUGGUCGGCUUUGUCCAGCCUAGCGCGCCAAUGGACAAUGGAAGAUGAUGAGGAAGUGGAGAGGGAGAAGAGAAGGAGGGUGAAGAGUGUCGCCGAUCCUGACGACCCUGACGCUGACAACCCUGACAGGGCACCCGGAGACACACCCACCAGUGACAGCACCCGUGGGACAGACUCCACAAGUGAGACGUCCCAGGGCCUCAGCAGCGUGGAGCAGAUACAACUGGACUUUGUGGAGAUGCUGCGUGUCCGUGAUGAAAAACGGAGGAAUCGGCAUGUGGAGACACUGAGACGACAGAAGGAAGUAGGGGAGGAUGGAGCAGAAGAUGACAAAGAAGGAGCCAGGGUGGAGAUUCUUGGGGACUUGGAUGAGGGGCAGAGCAGUGCACCCCCCUUGGUCAAAACCAAACCGGCCUCUUAUAAUCCCAGCAGCAGCAGCAGCAGUACCAGUACCAGCACCAAUAGCACAAACAGACCACAUGAAAAUGAAGAGUCGUCGGGCAGAGACCCUGAUCCCAAGCCGCAGUCCAACCCAGUUCGCAAGUUUGUCAGUUCUGUUUCUAUCUCGCUUGACAAGAGUCCCUCUGCCAGUGGGCCCACAACACCUGUUAGCCCUCGCUCUCCAACAGCUCCUAUGUCACCUCGAGGACACUGCCCUUCGCCCUGUCAGAGUCCCUUACCUAGGGGAGCUCGCAGCCCCAUUCAGUCCGGACACACAGAGGAGACCAGUGUGAAUGGCACUUCUCCUUUUGAACAGUCUACCAAAACUGCCUUCGUCAGACAGAGCUCCAGGACCAAAUCUUUCAAGAUGAUGAGGAAGAAAGAACAGGAGAGUGCACCUCUGCAGAGGAGUGCAAGUGUCAGGGUGGCAUCCAAGAAGUUUGAAUCCAACACAGACCAAAAUGAAGAUGAGGAGAAAGCAUCAUCCUUCCAGCGGAAUUCCAGGCAGAGGAUUUCAUCCCGGUCCAUUCAGGAGAAGAUGGAGAGACUGGCCCAUGCUGCACAGAAAACUGAAGCGACGCGCUCUCCCGAUGUGACCCAGAGGACCCUUUUCCUGAUGGAAGAGGUGUCCAGGAAGAGAGGUCUCUUUGAGAAGGAACAGCAGCCAGCCGACACUACCAGCCCUGGAGUUUCCAGACAGGAAUUCAGGAGCUUCACAUCAGGAAUGUCGGACAGGAUCAACCGCUGGCUCAAUAAGACCAACCAAACUGGCUCUUCACAAACUCCCACGGACUUGAGACAUGUGGACAUCAACAGCAAGCGGAGCCUGUUUGAGAGCAGAGGGGAGGACCGUGUCGCAAAAUGAAGGAUGCUGCCUGAGCACAGCAAUUCAUGGGUGGCAAGAGGAGAACGAGAUAACUGGAAGAUUAAUGGAUGCCGUGACUGACUGAUCGUUUCUUCAAGCUUUUUGUGUUUAUUUUUCUUCUUUGCUGCCAAAGCACACAGGAGCAACAGAUAGGAGAAGUAGAGAAAAAAAAGGAACUUGAGUGUAGUUUUAGAAGACUGAAAAUGAGGAUACUGCUUUUAAAGUUAGGAGGAAUCUAUCACACACGUUUGCAUUGCUUCUUGAAGUUUAAAUAUACCUUAUUUCAAAUGUUAAAAUACAAGAGGA